AAUCCCGAGCAAGACAUUAGUGGCUCAAAGAAUAGUGUUGUCAGUCAUGUUAGCUAACGUUGCUACUGAACUCCAGAAGAGAUUCACCGAGUUAAGCACGAACAUUACCGGUGUUGAAGUACAAAAAUAGAAACAUGCCGGAGGAAAUCAUGGAGAAGACAUACACGUGUACUGCGCCUGUGAAUAUAGCGGUCAUUAAAUACUGGGGAAAGAGAGAUGAAGACUUAAUUCUACCCAUAAAUUCAUCGCUGAGCGUAACACUUCAUCAAGAUCAGCUGAAAACAACCACAACCGUGACCACCAGCAAGUCUUUUCUAGAAGAUCGACUAUGGCUCAACGGGAAGGAGGAGGAUAUCAGCCAUCCAAGACUGCAAUCGUGCCUGAGAGAGAUUCGACGUCUCGCGAGAAAAAGACGAAAUGAUGAUGACCUGGGUUUGGAUUCGACUAGUUUAACUCAUAAAGCUCACAUCUGUUCCAUCAACAAUUUCCCAACUGCUGCCGGACUUGCUUCCUCCGCAGCAGGAUUUGCUUGUUUAGUUUACACACUGGCUCAAGCGUUUGGAGUAGAAGGGGAAUUGUCCGGAGUGGCUCGUCAGGGCUCGGGCAGUGCAUGCAGAAGUAUGUACGGGGGAUUUGUGCAGUGGAUCAUGGGACAUCAGGGUGACGGCAAGGAUAGUCUCGCCCAGCAGGUGGAGCCAGAGACUCACUGGCCUGAGCUGAGAAUACUUGUGCUUGUGGCCAGUGCUGAGCGGAAACACGUGGGCAGCACCUCUGGCAUGGAAACUAGUGUACAAACAAGCUGUCUUUUAAAGCAUCGAGCCGAGUCUGUUGUCCCGGGGCGCAUGGUUGAGAUGAUUAAAGCGGUGCGCGGAAAAGACUUCCCUGCGUUCGCCGAACUCACCAUGAAGGACAGCAACCAGUUUCACGCCACCUGCCUGGACACGUACCCGCCUAUAUUCUACCUCAACGGCGUAUCUCAUCAGGUCAUCAACCUGGUGCAUCGAUACAACCGUCACCACGGGGAGACAAGGGUAGCCUACACAUUUGAUGCAGGACCCAAUGCUGUGAUAUUCGCUUUACAGCAACACAUUCCCGAGUUUAUUCAAGCAGUCCAACAUUUCUUCCCGCCAGAAACCAACGGAGGAGAGUUUAUAAAAGGGCUUCCAGUUCCUCAUGCAAGUCUUUCCGAGGAGUUAAAACGAGCAAUUGGUUUGGAGCCCAUGCCUCGAGGAAUUAGCUAUAUUAUUAGCACCAAGCCUGGCCCGGGUCCCUGCGUUGUGAAGGAUCCCACACAGCACCUCCUCGGACCCAAUGGAUUACCCAAGAACAUUGUUCGAUGUCAUCCGGAAACGGACAACGGCGUAAAACAUAAAAACGGUCCCUAAUAUUAUAUAUUAUAUAAUGCAUAAUAUCAUGUUUUGUCAUUGCCAGAUGACAACUUUGAGGUCGUGUCACGCUUUAGCAGUCACAUUGUUUUUUUUCCUUCUUAUGGACUUGUACUGCUCAACCCUGAUUCAUAAUCAUGAUAACGAAUUAUAUCACAUCGAUUACAUUAGAAUACUACUCUGCUCUCUCAGAGAAAAUCAUGUUUUCUAUGUUCACGAAAACAAAUGUCUAUAUAAAUGUCCAUGCCUAUAAAAUAAAUAUAUACUGAGGACAAAUGAUGUACAGUAGUU